AUGGAUGAGCGAGACACAGCUGGCCCUAGAGCAGGAAGAGGCCAUGUCAUCCAAACUGGGAGCAGUGGGGGAUUCUGGGAAAACUCUGUGCAGAAGAUCCUGGGUGAGGAGGACACCCACUCCUCAGAGGUGCAGAGCCAGCAGUUGAGGCAGUUCUGCUUCCAGGAGGCCAAGGGACCCCGAGAGGUUUGCAGCCAACUCUACCACCUUGAUCAUCAGUGGCUGAAGCCAGAAAGGCACACGAAAGCUGAGAUGCUGGACCUGGUGAUCUUGGAGCAGUUCCUGGCUGUCCUUCCACUGGACAUGGAGAGCUGGGUGAGGAACUGUGGAGCAGAGACCAGUUCCCAGGCGGUGGCCCUGGCCGAAGGUUUCCUCCUGAGUCAGGCAGAGGAGAGGAAGCAGGCAGAGAGAAAGCAGGUGAGAGAGACUUUCCUCUGGAUACUCCCAAGGGGCUCCAAACAGGAUGGAGAACAUCCAAAAAUGGUCUGCUGAUGGCCCAUCCUUUUUCUGGGAAUGAGAUCUAACAGCCUUAAAGAUUCUGUCUCUGCCAUUCUCUUUCUAACAUUUCUCACCAUUCAUUUACAGUUUUGAAUCCUUGUUGUUCUUUCAGAAAAGGGAUCAUUAUGGAGAAAUGGACCUGGAUUCCUGUGAGGCAGAGAGGCCUCCGUUGGACACCAGAGAGAGGCCCCUGGGUAAGGAGGAAGGUGGCUUUUCUCCAUUUGGUCUUGUUCUGUUGGUUUUCCAACUCAUCUGAUGGUUCUUUUCAUCUUGGUUUUUUUUUUUUUUUUUUUUUUGAGGGGUGGGGGUUGGGAACAAGGGUUCAGAGGAGGGGAGACGUAUUUCUGCACACCUAACAUGAAAUGGGCACAAACCUUCAACUGCACUCAGCAGGUAGGCUUUCUCAAAGCCCCAUCUGUAGUUAGAGAUGUCCUGUUUCCUCUGUGAGAGAAGCAGGCACUCCUAGCAUCCUGCUUACCUUUUUUCUUUUGCAGGUGAAAGAAUGAAGCCAGCAAGACCUCCUGAUCCAUCUUUUCAUGGGGGCAGAAGGGAAGCAGUGGCUGUGGAACCAGAUCAGGUAUGGGGAAGCUGCCUUGUGGGGUCAGAGGCCGAGGGAUGGAGCAAUGUCAUGGACUGGUUGGGCACAGAGGAAUGGUGGGAGGAAGCAGCCAGGGAACCAGGAAGGGAAUAUUGCUCUGAGCCCAAAGAGUGAAGGUGGAGGAAGGAUUGGCGGUCAGAGGGAGAAGCCUGGGAAGAGGAGGUGUCAGAAGCUGAAGGGGCAACAGGGCUUAGUGAGCUGGGAGACUCUGUGGCAGAAUGCAGUGCAGAAUCAGAGGCAGAAGAAGAAGGAGGCGAGUGGGAGAGGAAGAUCGAGAGGCAGAGGUGAGUCAGGAGAGGGGGAGCCACCGGGUGCUCCCUCUCCUUCUGCCAGAAUCCACCCUCCCUGCUUGUCUCUCAGAGCCAAGAGAGGUCUAACAUGGAGGAGUAAAGGCAGGCUGCACACUGGCGCACUGUUCAAUCGCUUGCCAGAAACCCCAGAGAGGAGGGGACUUGGAAAGCUGUGGGGAGCCGGGGGCCUUCACUCUCAGCAACUGCUUUUGUGGAGGAAGAGGCUCAGGGAAUGAGCUGCUGUUUUCAUGAAGCCCGAAACUCAGCCAAGUAUGUGAACAUCGUGCUCUUGCUGAUAAAGAGUAAACUCCAGCUGUGAACUGUGGGAUUUCCUGCCCAGAUAACUCUGUCAUACCAGCCUUCUGAAUGUUGCCAGUAGGAUUCAUCUGUAGUUGCAGUUUUCAUGGAAUCCUAGAGUUGAAAGGGACCCCAAGGGUCAUCAAGUCCAACCCCCUGCAUUGCAGGAGUCUCAACUCGAUAAUCCAAGACAGAUGGCCAUCCAGUCUUGGCUUGUUUUAUUUCUGUAUUCAUCAAUGAAUGCUAAAAUAGGCUUCUUCUUUUUUAAAAAAAUGAUAUUUAUUAGGAGUUUAAAAAAUUACAGAAAAUAGAAAAAAGGAAAACAAUUAAAAAAAUUAACAGAACAUACCUUACAAUACAUAAAAAGAAAAACAUAGAAAAACAAUACAGCAAAACAGCAAAACAGCAAAAAGAAACAAAAACACUAAAACACACAUCCAAUGUUCCAUAUCUUUACCUUUCAUUUACUUGUUUCAUCGGCCUCCUCACACCUCCCUUUUUUGUAUUCUAGUUCAAUUACCUAUUUCAGCACAUUCUUUCCAUCUUUCUCAAUUUUUGUUCUAUAUUUUAUCUUAACAGUCUAACCUUAAAUUUUUCAUUUUGGCCCAUUAUCAAUCAGUUUUUACUUAAUUCUUUAUUACAAUUCUGCUAAAACCAAAUACCUUCAUUCCAGCAUCCUUCUAACAUUCAUUAAUUUUGCUAUAUUUUUGUAAAUAUACUUUAAAUUUUUUCCAAUCUUCUUCCACCGACUCUUCUCCCUGGUCUCGGAUUCUGCCAGUCAUUUCCGCCAGUUCCAUGUAGUCCAUCAGCUUCAUCUGCCUUUCUUCCCUGGUGGGAAGAGCUUUUUUUCAAUUGCCAAGCCAACAGCUUUCCGCACUUAUUUGCCGAUUCAAAUGUCUUUUGUCUCAUCUGUUUAAUCUUCCAUUGUAUUUCCUGAUUCAUCAUUUUCAUAUAUUGUACUUGAUAUAACUUUAUCUCUUUCAAAAUCUCCUGCGACCUUGGUUUCACCCUUAAUUUCUCCUCUCCUUCCUUUAUCUUUUCCAGGAUUUUGUCUUUUUUCUCAUUUUGCAUUCUCUUCUUAAUUGCAUUCUGUUGUAUCAAAAAACCUCUCAUGACCGCUUUGCUUGCAUCCCAGAUUACUCUUCUUUACACAGCUAAAAUAGGCUUCUAAGCAGCGGACAGACGAUAACAAAUAAUGUCCAGGAUUCACCUAGCCAGCCCCAUCCGCUGCAAAAUGGGGCCUGCCCCCCACUCCUCCCCCUCUCCAUGCCCCCAUGAACCCCUUGAAUUCGGCUCUAGGGCAUUGUGAGGGAACCUCCCCAGAACAACUCACGAGGAGAGGAGGAAGUGGAUCCUUCCAUCGGGGAAACUGGAAUGCUUGCGUAGGCAGAAUAACGUAAACAUAAGCUGGAGUACCACCCAUUUGCAAAAAGAUGAAUACCCACACUUAAAAUGCAGAAUAAAAGAUUCAAUUAAAGUGUUAAAAUAGGUACACAUAAUAAAAAUGUGCAGCAAAGCAAUCCUAUUGAAAUAACACAGCAAUUUACAGGAAGGAAAUAACAGAGCACUGUGCAGCAGAUCAUAUUUCUGCUGUCUCAGAGGAGGACAUUCCCUUUUUCUUUUAGGGUCCAGUGUGCUUUGAAGAUGUCGCUGUUCGUUUCACGGACGAGGAGUGGGAGUUGCUGGAUCCUGACCAGAGAGCUCUGCAUAAGGACGUAAUGGAGGAGAAUUGGGGGAUCGUGGCCUCUCUUGGUAAGCCUCCGUGUGGGAUCGUCCUAUCUGCCAGGAAAUUCAAAAAAUACCUCUAUGUGACAAACCUCAUAUAUUUUCUCAGCGCCCCCUACGACACCUGGGAACCUUACACCCCCACAAGAAAUAGUAAAUUACAGUUUUUUCUGUGAACAAUCUUCCUCCAGUUCUGCCUCCCUCUACCACAGUUGGGCUGAUCUGAACUGCCCAGGCAUCUUAAAUGUCAGCUUCAGAGUUGUUCAGAAAGAUAAGUAGCUUCUGUCAGGUUUUCUGUUUUUCUUUUUGCUGCUGUCAGUCUUGGGUAGACCAAAGAGACGACUGACACUGGAGAUGGAGGGGAUGCCAUGACUGGGCCAAAAAACAUCUGCCCCAGAGAAGAGCCAAGCUGAUUGAAUCUCAGGUAGUACUAGCAGUGAUAAUAAUAAUAAUAGUAAUAAUAAUAAUUUUUAUGUAUACCCUGACCAUCUGGUGGGGUUGCCCCAGCAAAUCUGGGAAGCUUCCAACACAUAUACAGUCGUAUUUCUGGUUGCGAAUGGGAUCCGUUCCGGAGAUCCGGCCAGAUCCCGAGGUUUUCGCAACCCAAGGAUCACUGCGCAUGGAUUUGUCGCUUUCAUAAGCUGAUGUUUAUAUAAUCCGAGGGUUACGUAACCCGAGGUGCUACUGUAUAAACAUGAAACAGUAAUAAUAACAACAAUAUAAUCCAAUGAAAAAGUACAAAAAUUUUACAAAAAGUACAGAAUUUAUAAAAUGAGUAACUUACUUCAAACAAAGCAACAUUCAACCAUCGAUUAGAAUCCAGUAAUAAAUACAUUGGUUUAUUACAAAUAACAAAGGUAAUGAACACUGCCUUCUCUACAACAAAUUUAAUGAGUAUUAUUCCCUAACUGGGGUCUCCAUUUGUUCCUGAGACUCUAAUCCCUUUUUCUCUCCAUUGCAGAUUGUGAUGAAUUGGAAAGCAAGAACAAAGGUGACCACAACACAAUCUGCAGAGUGGAGAAGGCACGUAAAAAUUUGGAAUGUGGAAAGAGCUGCAGUCAGAGCUCCCAUUCCAGUUCCCAUCAACGAAAUCUCAUUGGAAAGAAACCCUAUCAGUGCAUUGAAUGUGGAAAGAGCGUCAGUAGCAGCUCCGAUCUCACUUCCCAUCAAAGAAUUCAUACAGGGGAGAAACCCUAUCAGUGUGUGGAAUGUGGAAAGAGCUUCAGUAGCAGCUCCAAUCUCACUUCCCAUCAAAGAAUUCAUACAGGGGAGAAACCCUAUCAGUGUGUGGAAUGUGGAAAGAGCUUCAGUCACAGCCAAAGUCUCACUUCCCAUCACAGAAUUCAUACAGGGGAGAAACCCUAUCAGUGUGUGGAAUGUGGAAAGAGCUUCAGUAGCAGCUCCGAUCUCACUAAACAUCAAAAAAUUCAUACAGGGGAGAAACCCUAUCAGUGUAUGGAAUGUGGAAAGAGCUUCAGUAUGAGCUACAAUCUCACUUCCCAUCAAAUAAUUCAUACAGGGGAGAAACCCUAUCGGUGCAUGGAAUGUGGAAAGAGCUUCAGUAGAAGCGCCGAUCUCACUAAACAUCAAAGAAUACAUACAGGGGAGAAACCCUAUCAGUGUGUGGAAUGUGGAAAGAGCUUCUGUAUGAGCUCCGAUCUCACUAAACAUCAAAGAAUUCAUACAGGAGAGAAACCCUAUCGGUGCAUGGAAUGUGGAAAGAGCUUCAGUAGAAGCGCCGAUCUCACUAAACAUCAAAGAAUACAUACAGGGGAGAAACCCUAUCGGUGCAUGGAAUGUGGAAAGAGCUUCAGUAUGAGCUCCAAUCUCACUUCCCAUCAAAGAAUUCAUACAGGGGAGAAACCCUAUCAGUGUGUGGAAUGUGGAAAGAGCUUCAGUAGAAGCUCUGAUCUCACUAAACAUCAAAGAAUUCAUACUGGGGAGAAACCCUAUCAGUGUGUGGAAUGUGGAAAGAGCUUCAGUAUGAGCUCCCAUCUCACUUCCCAUCAAAGAAUUCAUACAGGGGAGAAACCCUAUCAGUGUGUGGAAUGUGGAAAGAGCUUCAGUAUGAGCUCCCAUCUCACUUCCCAUCAAAGAAUUCAUACAGGGGAGAAACCCUAUCAGUGUGUGGAAUGUGGAAAGAGCUUCAGUAGCAGUUCCUCUCUCACUAAGCAUGAAAGAAUUCAUACAGGGGAGAAACCCUAUCAGUGCGUGGAAUGUGGAAAGAGCUUCAGUCAGAGCUCCUCUCUCACUUCCCAUCAAAGAAUUCAUACAGGGGAGAAACCCUAUCAGUGUGUGGAAUGUGGAAAGAGCUUCAGUCAGAGCUUCAAUCUCACUUCCCAUCAAAGAAUUCAUACAGGGGAGAAACCAUAUCAGUGUGGUGAAUGUGGAAAGAGCUUCAGUAUGAGCUUCAAUCUCACUAAACAUCAAAGAAUUCAUACAGGGGAGAAACCCUAUCAGUGUGGGGAAUGUGGAAAGAGCUUCAAUCAAAAGUCCAGUCUCACUUACCAUCAAAGAAUUCAUACAGGGGAGAAUCACGGAAUUGUAGAAUUUUUGAGCUUGAAGUGA